AUGCCAGCCAUGCUAGAUGACCCAACGGCUCCCCCUAUUUACCGUGUGUCUGGAGCAUCGCCAUUUCCAGAUCCCCAGGAAGACCAUCCCAGUCUUCCAUUUGAUAUCGUGCCCAGACAAGUCACACUCCGAGAUCGAGUUACUAUUGCAACCAUAGUGCCUUUCUCUUCCCGGCAUCAAGUCCCAUCAUCACUUUUGCUAUACCUCAGUGACCAAUUCAAGAAGGAAAUCGAGCUUGGUGAUACCUACCCAAUGAUGAAUGGUCUUCCUGAUGAUAAAUUUGCAUCUUACUGGUUCCAAAACUUCGGAGCAGUGAUGAUCCUUGGAAACAUCGAGAGUGCAGAUGAGAUAUCCGCUGACCAGGACUGGGCCACACAAUGUCUUGGAAGUUUCUACAUCAAACCCAACUACCCAGGACGUUCAUCUCAUGUUUGUAAUGCUGGAUUCCUCGUCACAGAAGCCGCACGAAACAAAGGAGUCGGCCGCCUACUGGGGGAACAAUACAUUGAAUGGGCACCAAAACUCGGCUACGUCUACAGCGUAUUCAACCUCGUCUACGAGACCAACGUAGCAUCAUGUCGAAUCUGGGACGCUCUCGGAUUUAAACGCAUCGGACGAGUCAAGGGAGCUGGAAAUCUGAAAAGUUACCCAGGACAACUUGUAGACGCCAUCAUAUAUGGUCGCGAUCUAGGCCCCGAGGGCGAGGACUUUGUGAGUGAAGAGCGCUUCGACAAGAUUAAAUUCUACCUCAAAUACGGCAAAUAUCCUGCAGGUGCUGAUCGGGCAGAAAAAAGCAGGCUCCGAAGCGCAGCGACGCACUAUAAGCUGAUUCCCGAAUCCGACAAGCUGAUGCUGAAAGACAAAGAAGUCAUCUCGGACCCCCAACGCCAGUACGAGAUCGCGCGCAACGUACACGUGUUGCAGCACGGGGGCAUCAACAAGACGACGGCGACCAUCGCGGAGAAAUAUCAUUGGGUCAGGAUCAAGGAGACUGUUAGUCUGGUCAUCCGCAAUUGUACUAAAUGUAAAGAGUUGGGCAAGACCCCGCCCGUUCGCCCAGCUGAACCUCUCGUGAAUCGUCCUCCUCCUCCUGUUCCUGACCCCGUUCCUAGUCCUACCUUCAAAGCAGGUCAGGGCUCCGUCUCCCCGCAAGUCCUCAAUCGCGCCCUGCCGCCAUCUCAACGAAGAACUUAUCAUGAACCCCAUCAGACUCAGGCCCCGAUUGCGAAAAUGAGCCGUGAUGCCUAUAUGCCGAUUGAUCCGCAGAUGAUGGAUCCGCAGCUAAUGGACGAUGUGAGACAUGAUUUAGGGACGUAUCAUCAUCAUGAGAAUAGUUAUCAACAAGAGGAGAGUUUUCAGGCGUUGUUGGAUAGACAUAAAGAUGGGGAAAGGGGGGGUGGUACGGAGGGUGAGGGGAUGGGCGAUGAGUUGGAUAUGUUGAUUGAUGAGGAGGAAGGGGAGGGGAUGGGGGAGAGGCAAAGGUAUCAAGGUGAUGAUGGAGAUAGUGAGGCUGAGGAUGGGGAGGUUGGGAGGCAGCUGAGGCAUGAGGGUACGAGAGAGCUGCGGGGAAGGAGGAAUGGGUUUGGUGAUGGUGGUUGA